AGAGAGAGAGAGAGAGAGAGAUUGAUUGAUCUUGGCUCUUGCAAGCCUCGAACUUGCUCAGUCUCUCACUCUCACCCAAAAAGCUUAGUCACCUGCAACAAAACCAGAAGACCCAGAGCAGAGAGAGAGAGAGGGCGUGGGCGUGGGCGUGGGCGUGUGUUCGAUGGAUAUGUACAGACUUAAAUGGAGGUAGCAGGAGAUUGCAGAUACUGAGAGAGAGAGAGAGAGAGAGAGAGAGAGAGAUAGAGAGGGAGGGAGGGACGAACCAUGGCGGCGUCGCAGAGCGAGAGAGAGCUGUAAAUUCCAUGGCCCUUUAAUGCAAAGAUGAGAGAGAGAGAGAGAGAGAGAGCAGAAAGGAAGGAAGAAAUGUGAGAUGAAUUGAAGGCUCUGCCGCAGAAUUGUCGGACGUGUGUCUCACAGAAAAACCCAUCAGCAAUUACACACACCCAACUCCCACUUACCAUUAUAAUCCAUUAAAGAUCACUCGCACACAGCACUCAUGUCUACUCUGUUUGAAUUCUCCAUCUUCUAGGGUUUUCAACUGCUAGAAUAGGAAGAAGAAGGAAGAUAGGAGGAUCGUGUGCUCUUGAUAUGCUCUGAAUUCCCAGUGGGAAUCGAGAUUUGGCCCGUCGACCGACGCGAAAUGGCUCGGUUCAUUCCAUUAGGAGCCGCUAGAUCAGCAGGAGGAGCAGGAGAUCAGCAGAUCAACCACCCACAAGCCACGGCCGCCGCCGAAAUUCCUUGGUUCUGGUACUCCAGAAGCAACGCGGACGACUCUUCGGCUUUCAAGGGUUUGGAGCUAUGGCAUCAAAACCAACCGCAACCCCAACAACAGCUGCACUUCUUCUCGCAGCAGCAGCAGGAUCUCUACACGUCGGCCGCUGGCCUCGGGGUGGGGCCCGGCGGCGGCGAGGCCUCGUGCAACGUGUUCUCAGACGAGAGCUCGAGAUCUGGAGGAGGCUUCACGACGUUGACCUUGGCGGCGGCGGCGGCGACGACGGGCGGGGGGAUGAGAGCGGGGAUCAGCUGCCAGGACUGCGGCAACCAGGCCAAGAAGGACUGCCCGCACCUGCGGUGCCGGACGUGCUGCAAGAGCCGCGGGUUUCAGUGCGCGAACCACGUGAAGAGCACGUGGGUCCCCGCGGCGAGGCGGCGGGAGCGGGAGCGGCAGCAGCAGCUCGCCGCCCCGAAGGAGCACCACCACCAUCACCAGGAGCAGGGGCUACAGCUUGGAGGCGAGGCCCCGAAGCGGCCGAGGGAGAAGCAUGGGAGGCCUAACACAUCAGGGUUGGAGUUAGUCGGCAACCUCCCAGCCGACGUGAGCUCUCCGGCGGUGUUCCAGUGCGUGAAAGUGAGCUCCGUUGAUGACAACCCCCAUGAGCAGUUCGCUUAUCAGACGGCCGUGAACAUCGGAGGUCAUGUCUUCAGAGGGAUUCUCUACGAUCAUGGGCCCGAUCACCCCACCUACACCAAUGUGGCUACUGGAGACGACUCCCCUGGUGGCAGCGGUGGCGGUAAUGAACUAGUUCAGCCUCUUGACCUCAUAGCUGCUGCAGCCACUGCGGCCGCAUCCCCCGUCGCCAACACCGCGAGUGUGCAUGUGUCAUCCACGGCGGCGCCGUUCUUCGACCCGUCUUCUUUGUACCCACCUCCGCUCAGCGCAUACAUGGCUGGUACGCAAUUCUUCCCACACCCAAGAUCUUGACUCACUCGUCACAUUUGUUGCAUAUCAACUCUUGGUGCGGCUGGGAUAUCCAAAACUAGUGUGAGAAAGUAGAAGUUGCCCUCUCUUCACCUCGUCGCGCAGAGCUGAACUCCCUGGAAUAACCUUUCUAUCUUCAAGCCUGUCUUUGGGAACAAGAAGAUGAUUCUCGCGUCCCUUGUGAUCGGACGGUAACUCUCUUCCAAAGAGAGUCCGUAGGGAGCGUUGCUUUUCAAAUGGCUUCAUCCGGUAACUAGGUGUAUUAACAUUUUUCCUCUGAGCAAAGCAAUUUUUUCUCCUGGGAACCCUCUCGCACGCAACGAGAUCGCAAAUUCAUGACUUCGAAAGCUACAAACAGGCAAAACAGAUGAGUUUUCUCUAAGCAAAUUUUGGCAGUGCGCCGGCGCCAGGGGCAGCGUGCUUUAGAUCAAAGCGGCAAGGCGUUGCACGCUAAAAGACGAGCGCAAGCACUGUUGGCAGUCGCGCUAAGCGGGAUGUACGCCCUAGCUGUGCACGGGGCAGUGCGCAAGAGCUUAGGGGCAAAGCACUAAGCGCCAAGCGCCAAGCGCCAAGCGCCAAGCCUUAAAGCUCUAAGCCUCAGGGUUUCUCUACCAAAUCUUAUUGGAUGAAAAAAUCUACACUGAUCAUUGUCACAAGGAUAUUUUUGCAAAGCAUAAUCCUUCUCUAUGCACGACAGUUAAUUUUGCAUGUCUUAAAGAUUUGUCACGCAGGAGGCGAAAUGUAGAUUCAUAAAUUUGUCAUUCAUGGUUAUUAAAAGUAACCAUAUUAUCUUCUAAUAUCAUUCCCUAAUAAAUACCCUCGUUAGGUAUUUA